AUGGCUGCGCCCUUGUCGAAGUGCUGAAGAAGUGCCUCUCCGGAGAAAUUUUCGGGAUUGACGCGAUUUUCGCGAAAACCAUCGCCCCAAAUCAGCUACCAGGGUCGCUGGUUUGCAGAAGAAGACCGUACGACCCCAGUCAUCUGUAAGUGUGGCCGGUGCUUUGUGUGGCUGUGGCAGACUGUCCGUGUGAAGAUGGGCCUCGUCUCCAGCCCCUUCCCAUAGCGAAGAGCCGUGGGGAGAGGAGCCGCAGAUUCCCCUGCAAACACGCACCCGUCCAGCUUGGAUUUGACGGGUUUGACAUACUCUACAGGCUGUGGACGCUGCCCUACAAUUUUCUGACCAGGAUUAUUUGUGCGACCGUGUCUGUCAUCGUCCGGAGACGGAGAGGUUCCUCAGCCCGGGUUGAUAAUCCCACCGCACCAAGGGCCCUGAUGAAAAUGGACUCAGACUUGCUUCAUUCGCCGGCUGUGGGCCUCGCAGAGGAAGAGGAGGCCGACAUGAAUGACUGGAAGCUUCCCCUGGCCUUCAUGAAGAAACGGCACUCGGAGAAGAUUGAGGGCUGCAAGGCUUUGGCACAGAGCUGGAGGAUGAAGGACAGGAUGAAGACUGUGAGUGUGGCGCUGGUGUUGUGUCUCAACGUGGGAGUGGACCCUCCUGAUGUGGUUAAGACCUCCCCCUGCGCCAGACUGGAGUGCUGGAUAGAUCCUCUGUCGAUGAGUCCACAGAAAGCCCUGGAGACCAUCGGGGCCAACCUGCAGAAGCAGUAUGAAAACUGGCAACCCAGGGCGCGCUACAAACAGAGCCUGGACCCCACUGUGGACGAGGUGAAGAAGCUCUGCACGUCGCUAAGACGUAACGCCAAGGAGGAGCGAGUCCUCUUCCACUACAAUGGCCACGGGGUGCCACGGCCCACAGUCAACGGAGAGAUCUGGGUCUUUAAUAAGAACUACACCCAGUACAUCCCGCUGUCCAUCUACGACCUGCAGACGUGGAUGGGGAGCCCAUCCAUUUUUGUCUAUGACUGCUCCAACGCGGGGAUCAUUGUCAAGUCGUUUAAACAGUUCGCCCUGCAGAGAGAGCAGGAGCUGGAGGUGGCGGCCAUCAAUCCCAGCCACCCGCUCGCCCAGAUGCCCCUGCCGCCCUCCAUGAAGAACUGCAUCCAGCUGGCUGCCUGCGAGGCCAGCGAGCUGCUGCCCAUGAACCCCGACCUCCCGGCCGACCUCUUCACCUCCUGCCUCACCACGCCCAUCAAGAUCGCCCUCCGAUGGUUUUGUAUGCAGAAGAGUGCCAAGUUGGUGCCAGGGGUGACGUUAGACCUCAUCGAGAAGAUCCCUGGCAGGCUCAACGACAGACGCACUCCCCUCGGAGAGCUCAACUGGAUCUUCACGGCCAUCACCGACACGAUCGCCUGGAACGUGCUGCCGAGAGAUUUGUUCCAGAAGCUGUUUCGCCAAGACCUGCUGGUGGCCAGCUUGUUCCGCAACUUCCUCUUAGCGGAGAGGAUAAUGAGGUCAUACAACUGCACACCGGUCAGCAGUCCACGUCUGCCGCCGACAUACAUGCACGCCAUGUGGCAAGCAUGGGACCUGGCUGUGGACAUCUGCCUCUCUCAGCUGCCUACCAUCAUAGAGGAGGGCACCGCCUUCAGGCACAGUCCUUUCUUUGCGGAGCAGCUCACAGCGUUUCAGGUGUGGUUGACGAUGGGCGUGGAGAACAGGAACCCUCCUGAGCAGCUCCCCAUUGUACUGCAGGUCCUCCUUAGUCAGGUGCAUCGGCUGCGAGCUCUCGACCUGCUCGGACGCUUUCUGGAUCUGGGUCCCUGGGCCGUCAGUCUGGCCCUGUCUGUGGGGAUCUUCCCCUAUGUGUUAAAGCUGCUCCAGAGUUCAGCCAGAGAGCUGCGGCCGCUGCUGGUUUUCAUCUGGGCUAAGAUUCUCGCAGUGGACAGUUCGUGUCAAGCUGACCUGGUGAAAGACAACGGACACAAGUACUUCCUGUCUGUGCUGGCUGACAGCUACAUGCCGGCUGAGCAUCGGACCAUGGCUGUGUUCAUUUUGGCCGUCAUUGUCAACAGCUACAACACAGGACAGGAGGCCUGUCUGCAGGGCAACCUAAUAGCCAACUGCCUGGAGCAGCUGUCAGACCCCCACCCCCUGCUCCGCCAGUGGGUGGCCAUCUGCCUGGGCCGCAUCUGGCAGAACUUCGACCCGGCCCGCUGGUGUGGAGUUCGGGACAGCGCCCACGAGAAGCUCUACACCCUGCUGUCAGAUCCCAUCCCGGAGGUGAGGUGUGCCGCUGUCUUUGCUCUGGGGACAUUUGUGGGAAACUCUGCCGAGAGGACGGACCACUCCACCACCAUCGACCACAAUGUGGCCAUGAUGCUGGCCCAGCUCAUCAACGAUGGCAGCCCCGUGGUCCGCAAGGAGCUGGUUGUAGCACUCAGUCACCUGGUGGUCCAGUAUGAGAGCAACUUCUGUACAGUUGCCCUUCAGUUUAUAGAAGAAGAGAAGAACUACACAGUGCCGUCACCAGCCAACACUGCAGAGCCCGGUAACCUGACUCCAGUGAGGGACAGCCCGGCCAUCCCACGCCUGCGAUCAGUCAACUCCUACACCAAUAUCCGAGCUGCUACCACUGCCCGCAACCUGAACAAGAGCCUGCAGAACCUCAACCUCAAUGAAGAGGGUGGACCAGCGGCCUUCUCUCCUGGUAACCUGAGCACCAGCAGCAGCGCCAGCAGCACCCUGGGGAGCCCCGACAAUGACGAGUACAUCCUCUCCUUUGAGACCAUCGACAAAAUGCGACGGGUGUCCUCCUAUUCUUCCCUCAACUCCCUUAUAGGUGUGUCCUUCAACAGUGUUUACACUCAGAUCUGGAGAGUGCUGCUACAUCUCGCUGCAGACCCUUUCCCAGAAGUCUCAGAUCUGGCCAUGAAGGUUCUCAACAGCAUAGCGUACAAGGCAACUAUGAACGCUCGGCCUCAGAGGAUCCUGGACUCAGGAUCCCUCACCCAGUCGGCUCCAGCCAGCCCCACCAGCAAGGGCACGCACAUCCACCAGGCUGGUGGCUCCCCUCCCAUGCCCAGCACCAGCAGCUCCAGUCUGACCAACGAGGUGCCCAAACCCCCCACCCGAGAGCAGCCGGUCACGCGGCCUCCCUACACCCCCACGCUGGGAGGACAGGCGCCCCACUCCCACCAGUUCCCCCGCACACGCAAGAUGUUUGACAAAGGACCUGAGCAGGCAGCUGAGGAUGGUGACGAGCCGGGUGGGCACAGGAACUACAUCAGUCCCGCCCUCCAGACGGGCCUGUGUGAUUGGAGCGCCAAGUAUUUCGCUCAGCCUGUAAUGAAGAUCCCAGAGGAGCAUGACCUGGAGAGUCAGGUGAGGAUGGAGCGGCAGUGGAGGUUCCUGAGGAACACGCGAGUGAGAAGGCAGAGCCGAUGCAUCACACAAAGAGGUGUUUCCCGACUGGAUGAUCAAAUAUUCAUCAACCGAAACCCUGGAGUACCGUCUGUUGUGAAGUUCCACCCCUUCAACACCUGCAUCGCCGUGGCUGACAAGGACAGCAUCUGUUUCUGGGACUGGGAGAAGGGCGAGAGGCUGGACUACUUCUAUAACGGAAACCCUCGUUACACUCGCAUCACGUCCAUGGAGUACCUGAACGGACACGACUGUUCAUUACUGCUCACCGCAACAGACGACGGAGCCUUACGUAUCUGGAAGAACUUCGCCGACCAGAAGAACCCAGAAAUGGUGACGGCGUGGCAGGGCCUUUCUGACAUGCUGCCCACUACCAGAGGUCAGCCCACCACCAGCGCUCACAGUCUGGCCAGAAGGGUCUCCAUCUAUCUUGACAGGAGUAAGCAAGGAGGUGCAGGCAUGGUCGUGGACUGGGAGCAGGAGACCGGCCUCCUUAUGACGUCCGGAGAUGUCCGAGUCAUCCGGAUCUGGGACACUGACAGGGAGAUGAAGGUCCAGGACAUCCCAACAGGAGCAGACAGCUGUGUGACCAGCCUCUCCUGUGACUCCCAGCGCUCGCUCAUCGUUGCCGGCCUGGGCGAUGGAUCUGUCCGGGUGUUUGACAGGAGGAUGGGUCCAAAUGAAUGUCGGGUGAUGACCUACAGGGAGCACGGAGCCUGGGUGGUCAAAGCUCACCUACAGAAGGAGACAGACGGACACAUCAUCAGCGUCAGUGUGAAUGGAGACGUUCGAUUCUUUGAACCGCGGACACCAGACUCCAUCAACGUGCUGCAGACAGUGAAGGGGUUAACGGCCCUGGACAUCCACCCACAGGCCAACCUGUUCGCCUGUGGAUCAAUGAACCAGUUCAUCGCCGUCUACAAUGCCAACGGCGAUGUGAUAAGCAACAUCAAAUACUAUGACGGCUUCAUGGGACAAAGGAUUGGGGCCAUAAGCUGUUUAACCUUCCAUCCGUACUGGCCCCACUUGGCGGUAGGAAGCAACGACUACUACAUGUCGAUCUAUUCAGCGGAGAAGAGGCUCAGAUAACACACCAGCAUUCAUCACCCCCCUCCCCAACAACAACACCACCACCACAUAUGACUUCUGACCCUGAGCCUCAAACUCCAGGAUGUAAAUGACGUUUUUGUUGUACAUAUGCAAUUACCACCCUGAAUGUUCUAGUGAUGGCUGCUGACAAAACCUCAUGCUACGAACGACGACAUAUAUAUAUAUAUUAUUAUUAUUCUCAUUGUUUAUUCAUAUUAUGAAGCUAAUGAUUGUAGACUUGGCUGUGCUGAGGAGUGUGUAUAUUUAAAUAGCAUAUACAGAAGAAUAGAGGUUCUAUUUUAAAGAAGUGGUACCCACCAAUCACUGGGGCUCCCAGCGCCACACAGCGAGCAUCACUACCUGAACUAACUGUGACACCAGUGAACCUAGAGGCGACGGUGGGGAUGACGACCUCCCCCCCCCCCCCCCACACACACACACACACACACACACACACACACACACACUAUUGGGGGGGGGUCACCCAGAGGACAAUACACACUGUUGAAACACAUUCACUGGUGCAGAAAACACGGGCUCGCCCUCCGCUGGACUCCGGUGUGUUCAGAAAUUCAUUUUCACGGCCGCCUCGCAGCCAAAGGACACAGAGUUUUGCUACUUUGCUGCACCGCUGGCAAGACGUUUGCAAGGAUGGACCCAGAGAUGGUGGACUGUGCUCAUUCUUGCCCGACGCGUCGACCAGGCAGACUUGAUGAGUGUUUGUUUGUGCGUGUGCGUGUGUGUGUGUUAAAGUGGAUUAUAGCACAGAUGUGCCCCACAGAGGGCCUUCAUAGCCUUGGACUUAAAUGAUGCCCAAAAAACGAUGCCUGCUCCCAUGCUAGAACUCUCCUUCUUGCUUCCCGACCCCAGCGUGCCAAACAUAAUCACAUCUUCAAUGUAAGCCCCUUUGUUGUGGCUCAGGAGUGUUUCUGUUUUUGAUCUUGUCACCUGUAAAAAGGGAAAACCUCUACUGCCCCUCGGAUGAUGCCUACCUUUAUAUCCAGCACAGCGAGAUGAGAGCUUGAUUGCUGAAAGCGAUGCACCCAGACCUACAGGGGACCUGCAGUACCCGCCUGCCUGCCCUGCAAAGCAAUAACGACCUCCCAUGAUUCAGCCUCAAGCCCCUCCCCAGCGUUUUUCUUAGAAAAUAACUCCUCAGUUUGAAGCUGAUAGCAGCAUUGUGUGCUGUUGAUAGCUUAAGACAGUUGUACCUGGUGGUACCACAGUAUAGCAAUACAGAAUCACAGAUUUCAGUUCAUAGCAGUGUAAUUCUUCUUUUUAAAUACCUAGUGUAGCAGAUGGGUGCAUUUUUACCCCUUCUACUCACACCAGAGUCAGGAAAGAUAUCAAUUUAAUUGACUUCCCUGUGAUUGCCUAAAAGUUCUUCUGAUCAAUACGUCCAAAUCCUCCCCAUGUGGACUCAAAAGAUCGCAAAAGAAGCCCACCCUAAUACUUUUGUGACCUGCUUCAGAUGAGUGCGCCGGUCCCAGAAACCAACCUCUUGUGUAUUUUGGCUCUUGUGUGCCAGUUUAUCUUUUUCUGGCUUCUGGAAAACAGAAAUAGAAGGUGACCCCGGUUGCUUAUCUAACCCCAGUGAGGGGCAGCUUUCUCAGACACCCUUUGAGCACACAGCACCGUAGGUUGAGAGGAGGUCAUGUGACUCAUCACACCAGCGAUCACCUGCCACCCCUCAGUUUGGACCUCCUGCACGGUUUCUUUUUUUUUUCUUUUUUUAACCUGCCUUUGAGUUUUUAUAUUGAUUUUAUAGCCAGAUGUGUUUGGUUUGAUUUUGUGGAACAAAGUUGGAGGCAUACAGUGAAUUGCAUGUGAAUGGUAGCAUCCGAGCUGCGGCACUCUAACUCUGUACCUCUAUGUGCUCACUGUGUCAAGUUAUAGUCAGCGUCCUAAAUCUAAAUCUCGCUCAGGUACUUUGUGAGUCACUUCAAGCCAAGGUCGAGCUACUGCCAGCCCUCCCCGCUGUCAUGGUGACGGCGUGAUGGACAGGUGUGGUCAGUCACAUGACCUAGUGCGGUGUCACUCUAGAGAUCAUGAAAUUUGUUGACAUAAAUGUCAUUAUGGUGCUGUUUUGGUCAAGAUGCCUCUUUUAUAAGGGGAGGGGGACUUUUGUUGUUGUUGUUGUUGUUGUUGUUGUUGCAGCAUCACCAUCGACGUGCCUCUUCUCGGGGGCCGCAGCUUUGCUUAUUUCGUUUUUUAAAAUCUUUUUUCCUCUUUCUGUUUUGUAAUUAUAUGUUUUUAAUUCUGCUGGCAUUUUCUUUGCCUUAGUCUCCGUGAGGUGGAGGGAAAAAACUUGGGGACAGCCUUACCCACACACACACAUGCACACACACACACACACACACACACACACACACUCACUACACCAUACCUCCUUCAUUGCCAACGUACCCCAACAGCCGCCCCCUCCUUUCUUUCCUGCCCUGCCCACCUCACCCCUCUAGUUGUCCCAAGCUUUGCUUUUCCCCACAGAAGGACUGGACUCGUGGACUGAAAGUAAACUGGGAACACACACACACCAUACAGUCUGUAUAAGCGGCUGCAGUUGCAGUCGCCACAUUAAUCCCCACCAUCACCCCCCACUCUGAGCUCUUUAGCGCUCUGUGUGGUUUAGCAGGCCUCAACUGCUUCACCGGCUCGGCUCAAACAGUGCAGUUUUGCGCCGGGCCCUUUGGUCAGAUUCACAUUCAUCUCUAAGUAUCCUGCUUUGAGUUUUAAGAUUUUAGAUCUGAAGAAAAACAAGAGACUUUAACAAAGUCAUAAGAACGGAAAAAUGAAAACAAUCAUGUUUGCCUCUGUGACUUUAGACUGCUUUGCUGACUGGUUUAUAGAUGAAAUCAUUGAAAUAAACCAAA